AUGAAAAACACUGUCGAGUCAUUAGAACAGUUGAAUACCACACUUUCUAAUACAGUCAACGAUAUACCAGAAUCAUCUGCAAUGGGUGCCUUAAGCCAUUCGGCUAAUUCGAGUAUUAAUGCAGCUCUUAACAGUACGGAAGAGGUAAAAAGGGGUGAAGAUGUCGCGGGGGAUUCAAUUCAUGCAAAUAUUAGUGAUAUGUUUCAUAUAGGUAACCCAUUCAACCCAUUUCAGUGUUUCAUUGAUAACCACAUGCGUAAAACCAUCUUUGCAAAAAAUCCAUAUGUGCAAUACGCUGUCGAAAGUUCUUAUUACACACCUGCGGUUAAUCGUCUGGUUAAAGGGUUGAGUUUGAAAGAUAUGGAUCCUAUCAUGCGUAUGCACUAUCUUUAUAUGCGCUCGUUGCUCCGUUUAAAAUUGAAAAGAAAGAUUUAUCGUGCAGAUUUCAGUGAAUAUAAGGGGUUGCGGUCUCUCUAUAACAGGGCUACAGAUAAUUUAUAUAGCCACCUACAAAGGGCAUUAGAAAAGUAUGAAAACUUCGGUGUUUCUGCAAAACAUAAAGUAUUGCAAUGUUUAGUACACGUGGUGACAUCACAAUCAGACAACAGUGUUAGGUAUGUCUAUGGGAACAUCUUUGCACUAGUUAGAUUAGGUACUUAUGUAACAGUGUGGUACUGUUAUACUGAGAGCGCACCAGAUUUCAUAUCUGUGGACCCGCACUAUCUUGAUAUAGAAUUGAUUAUUGAUUUAUUCAAAGUUCGUAAAUUAUUCGUAUGGAUUCCAUACGAGGAAGUGAUUAGUACAUCAAUCUUAGAAGCUUAUGAUGCGGUUGUGGAAAGGACGGCUUUAACGGAUUGCUUGGAUAGAAAGUUGAGAGAAGAGGAAUUGUCGGAUAAAUUCGAAUUCUGGGGGAAAUGCUCUGAUGGUGAUCAUACCAUAGAUUCUGUAGAGGAGAAUGCCACUAUAGAAUAUGCUAGCAGUAAAGAAGGUAGUGCCUGUAAAGAGGGGGUGGAUAGUAGCUGUAAAGAAGAAGGUGGUGGCUGUGAAGAAGAAGGUAGUGGGAGUGAAGAAGAUAGUGACGAUAGUGACAAUCCUAGAUACCUGGCAUUCGGUGUGGUUGUCCUUGUAGGUGUGUUAUUAUACGUCUGGUAUUGUUCUAGGUAA